AGUGAGACGUCGGAUGAUGUGCUACCAGGCUGUGCAUCCCUGUGCAUGGCGGAGCUACCAUGAGGAGGAGCCCUGCGUUCUGCGCUUUGUGAACAUGGAGGCUCAUGAGAACCAGAGGGCCCACCACACGCUGGGCCUGGGGGCUCAUGAGAACCAGAGGGCCCACCACACGCUGGGCCUGGGCUCCCAGGACCUGGUGCUCCGGCGUGGGCAGCCCUUCAAGCUCAUGCUGCUGUUCCAGGGCCGGUCGUGGAGCCCCCGCACCGAGGGCCUCGUCUUCCAGGUCCUCCUGGGCAGUCUAGUGGAGACGGUCCCAGUUCAGUGUUCCAGGAGUUGGUCGCCCGGCCCCGGCUGGUCGGCCCACUGCUCCCCCGGGGACGUGCAUCCCAUGUCAGCCACCAUCCAACUGUGCUCCCCUGCUUCGGCCUCCGUGGGCCUCUACAGGCUGGCGGUGCAGAUCGAGGGCCCAGCGGGCGACCGGCACUACGUGGUGGGCAGCUUCGUCCUGCUCUGCAACCCCUGGAGCAAAGAGGACUCUGUGUACAUGCCCGUGGAGCCUCUCCUCCAGGAGUACGUCCAGAGCGACUGCGGCCUGGUCUACAUGGGGACCCCCCACAACGUCAGCAGCCGGCCCUGGGCCUUCGGCCAGUACGAGCCCCUGGUGUUGGAGGCGUGUCUGAGCCUGCUCCAGGUGAGUCCUCAGCACCUGCGUAACGAGCAGGUGGACUACGUGAGGCGCUCGGACCCCGUCUACCUGAGCAGGGUGGUCUGUGCCAUGGUGAACUGUAACGACGACCGCGGCGUGCUGCAGGGGAAGUGGGACGGGCGCUACGGCGGGGGCGUGGCGCCCACCGAGUGGAACGGCAGCGCCGAAAUCCUGACCCGCUGGGCCGACUCCGACUUCAGGCCCGUCCGCUACGGCCAGUGCUGGGUGUUCGCCUGCGUCCUCUGCACAGUGAUGCGGGUGCUGGGGGUCCCGUCCCGCGUGGUGACGGUCUUCAACGCGGCCCACGACACCAACGGGAACCUGGUGAUCGAGGAGGUGUUCACCCGGCGGGGGGAGAAGUGCCCGCGGCGCUCCAGGGACAGCGUCUGGAACUUCCAUGUGUGGGUGGAGUGCUGGAUGGAGAGGCCAGACCUGGGCUCCGGGUUCGGGGGCUGGCAGGUGCUGGACCCCACCCCCCAGGAGAGGAGUGCAGGGGAGUUCUGCUGCGGGCCGGCCCCGGUCUGGGCGGUGCGGCGUGCGGCGGUGGGGGUCCCCUACGACACGGCCUUCGUGUUCGCGGCGGUGGACGCCGACGUGGUGCGGGUGAUCCUGGACCGGGACCGGGUCCUCGGGCGGGCGGUGGACCGGACCUCCGUGGGGCGGCUCGUCUGCACCAAGACCCCCGGGGCCGACCGGCCGGAGGACCUCACGCGCCUGUACAAGGGCCCCACCGGGGCCAAGCGAAAUCUCGAUUCUACGGCUAAGUGGGCAGCUGAAACAGGUCUCUCGCCCAGCCUCAGCGUGUCGCUGGCGCUAGAGGAAGUCCCUGCGCUGGGCAGGAGCAUCCGCCUGUGCGUCAGCCUGAGCAACCGCUGCGGUCGCCGUCGCAGUUCGGACAAGCAACGGCUGCGCACCCCUUCUGGACACGUCCACAACGUCCACAAGGAGCUCCACCUGCAGGCCGGGGAAGUGGUGGAUCUCCACCACUCCAUUCUCCCCUCUGACUACGAGUCCUUGCUGACCUGCACGGACAUCGUCAACGCGACGGUGGUCGUCAAGGAUACCAGCACCAAGGAGAGGGUUCUGGCCACCGAGGAGUUCAGCCUCCCCUCCCCCCACAUCUCCUUCCAGGUGCAGGGCGGAGACAGUGUCCAGGUGAAGACCGAGCAUGCGGUCCACGUCUCCUUCACCAACGCCCUGACCAUGCCUCUGAGCAAGGCAGUUCUCACACUGGAAGGCUUCGGACUGUUCCAGGCAAAACUCUACUCCAGAGCCGUGUUGCUGGAGCCCCAUCAGAUCAUGAAGCUCGACCUGUCCAUCAUGGCCACCUGUCCCGGCACCAAGCUGCUCGUGGCAACGGUCUCCCACGGCAACGGCCACGCUGUCAUCGCCAGGGAGUUCCACAGGGUUGUGGUCACAGGACCCACACCAGUAGUAAACCAGUAGGACCGGUUUGUUGACCAGUAGUAGCCUCUAGGCCAUCCCACCCCUUAAGCCUUUGUGGCCUUGUUAAAAUCGACACGUUCUGUGAUGUCACCCACACAGCUUCUGAUCAGCCAAUCAGAGUGAGGCCCCUUGGAUUAACGUUAAGAGGGGACUCGGUAACGGGAACAGAUCUAAAAAUAUGGAUACGGUUACGAUAAAAUGAAAAAGAUCACUCUUGUGGACUUUCUUCACAUUCUUAUGCAGUUUUUUUUUACCAUUUUUCCAUGAGUUUUUGAAGGUUCUCUGUUCUAGGUUUAAUUGAAGGUGAUUCUUGAUUUGUGGUGUUCCUAUGAUGUAUAUUUAUUAAAUUCUACAAGAUGUACUGAUACUAAUGACUUUGUAAUUCCGAUGAUGAUAAAAAUGAUAUUGAUAAUCAUCAGCCUGUACACUUAGAUUAAACGGCUUCACGAACUGAAAUGGAGAAUAUAUUAUAAACAACAUGAUUUAUUUGUUUUUUAAAUCGUUUUAACGUGACGGUGGCAACGUUUUGCCUAAAGAGUUAAAUCACCACCAGGUGGCAGCAUCGAACCGUAUGUCGGUGUGUUUCUGUGUGUGGUGUGUGGCGUGUGGUGUGUGGCGUGUGUGUUUUUGACUUAUUUUAUGACCUCCUAAAUGAUUAAACCAGGCAUACUUCGAGAGCAAAUAUGAUGUC